AAUUUCGUCACCACGUCGUAAGUUUCGCUAGCUUCCUGAUCGCUCCAGCCGAUUCGUUUUCGGAGGCACAAGUUCUGGUAAAACGAUACGAUAUCUGGACGUUCCUCUGGCAGUUUGUGAGUGCAAACAACCAUCCGCUCAAGUGCCUGUUCGUGUUUGGACAAAUAUUUGCCUCGACCUCGACACUUUUCCUAACAACAGUCCUCCAGUGGUUUUGAGCGGCGGUAGGUACCUGGAAGAUGCUUUCGUUCUAAAAGCGAGUUCUGAGUCGCAUUAGUUGGGAAUUGAAGGUUUUUGCAGGCGACAGGUAGCCGGGAAGGCAAUUAAGGGCGCCGAAAGGUUAAUAGGUACGGUAUCGUCUAUCAUGUCGGCGGUGUUGAAUGGCGGGUUCACGGUGCAUCCGGACGACGAGUGCGAGGAUUGCCAGCAAAGGUUCCACAAGGUGCUGGAAGCGCUGCUGAAUCGCAGCUUUACGAUCAACAAUGACGUCUACCUGGAGAUGAUCGUGUCUCAUUUGACCGGGAAGUACGAUAGUGAACAUCGGAAGCUGCUGAAGGGUCAGGAGGUGUUGAAUUGGUUGGGGAAAGCACUGGAACAGUGGGAAAGCGAGACGGUACCUUCGAUGGAUGUGGCCGCAUUUACGUUGCAGAUCUUGGCUAGAAUCGUGGAGGACGAGUGGGAUUUUGCGAAGGUUCAAAAUUCGAAAAUGUUGGAUCGUUUUCAGGAAUGUAUCCAGAGAGACAGUAAGUUCCAGCACGCUUCGGUUCGCCUGGGGCAUGUGAUGGUUUUGAAGGCCAUUUCAAAACACGCGAUGGGAUUGAGCUGGAUCAAGAGUUCCGAGUCGUGGAAAAUUUGUCUGGAUUACUAUAAUGGGCAGUUGCAAACGAUUUUCAUAAUGAAGGAGACUUCGUUUUUCAUGUACGAGGUUCUGGAGCGGUUCGGAAUGGUCGGGGAUUACGAGCUGGUGAAAGAAAUUGUUCAUUGUAUUAUAUCUCCGCUGCUGGAUGGCAUGUGGAAGACCUCGAGCACGGAACACGAGCAUACGGUGCUGGUUGAUGAUGAGAAAUCGCAACGAGUGAUGACAUCGAUGCUGAAUUUGAUGUGCACGCUUUUCCGGAAGAUGCUGGAAGGGAAGAAGCGUAUCCGAGCUGCUUACUACAUCCUGAUCACGUACCAUUUCGAAAGGAAUCUCUGGUUGUACGCCGAUACCAUUCAGGAUCAUAGCUAUCUGACGAAGCUAUGGGAGACGCAAAUCCUGGCCAACUGCACCCGCUUGGGAUGCAUGGAUAUCCCCUCGGAAGACACCAAUACCACGGAUCUGCCCUUCGAGAAGUACACUAUAAACUUCCUGAACUAUGUAAACUUCUCCAUCCGGCGGGGAAACGUCCACAACGUUAUGCUGAUGGGCCAGAUGCAUCACCACGCUUGGCGUCUGCUGGGCGACCGUGCCCCAGAGGAAGUGGUCCUCAAAAAUCAAAACAUCAAGUUCGGGGACCAGAUCCUGCUGCUGCAACUGUUUCCCGUGAUCUACGAAAGCAAGUCGCUUAUUUCAAAGAACCCCCCGGACUACAUCGAGCAGUUCUGCGUGAAGUUGUUCGACAUCUCGUGCGAAUUCACCGUCCGGCUUAUGUACGCCUGCCGGGAUGUGUUCCAGGCGUACAACAUGAGCGUCACCGAGUUGGCUAUCAAAUCUAUCCAGGGUAUUGCUUCGUUGCACACGUUGCCCCGGUCGCGGGCCAUAAUAGCCUUCCAGGCGUUCAUAUUGGUCCUGAAGGAGUUCCUGCCGGAGCAGUGCUACCUGCAGAACCAGUCCGAUUUUUCCAAAACCGAUCUGAUCCUGUCGAAGCCCAACCUACUGGCGGCAAUCAUCAACGCUCUGCACACGUUGAUCCAGCACUACAAGUUCAACUGGAAGGAAUGCAUCGAAUCGUCCACCCUGGUCAACUUUAUGCUCAAUCUGCUUGGCAAUCCCAAUUUGCCGCCGAGACACGUCGUGUUGGCCCUUAAACUGACCCAGCUGUCGAUCGAACACGGCCUGUCGCCCAACUUAGCCCUGCUGAUGGACAACAUCAAGGGCUCCGGGCUGGAGUUCGUCGGACGGAUCGUCUACAAGCGGUUGCACGACAGCAACUGGGAAGUGCGAGACUCGGCCCUGGAACUGCUCGCUUCGAUCGUGGAAAUCUCCGAAAUCAAAUUCCCCACCUUCCAAAAGCACAUUCUGGACUGCGAGAUUAUUCCGGUGGUGGAGGCGGCGGCCAAGAACGACACGGAACCGUACGUCCGGGCGUCGGCCCUCCGCUGUCUAACGCUGAUGGUCAAGAUCCGGCUGCUGUGGGAGCACUCGCUGGUGCAGCUGAAUUUGAUGAACCACCUCAUCACGGUGUUCGACGCCGAAAGCGAGGGCGUCGUUCGGCGCGAAGCGGUCAACACGGUACGCGAGAUCUACUCGAACCACAAAAUCCACCCGCAGUGUCUGGACAGUGUAUUCUCGGUACUGACCUAUUCGACCGUCAACGACCUAUACUGGGAGGUCAAACUGAACGCCCUCACGUUCUGGCAGGUGAUCAUGUGCCGUCAAUUCCAGCACCAGGGGAUGAUCGACGGUACCUUCCCGGCGGUAACCUUCUCCAAGGAGCACAAAAAGAUCAUAACCCUCACGAACAAGGAAAUUCUGCUGCGCCUCAGGAAAGUCCUCAACGAGCUCUCGCUGCGGGGUUGUCUGGGAGUGCUGCUGGCCUGCCUAGAAGACAAGUGUGACUUGCCAGUGCUGAAAGAAACCGUUAAAAUCAUUCAGCGGCUGAUGUCGAUCCUGAACAGAUACAACUACAUGGAAGAGUACAAAAAUCUUCUCGGCGAUCCGGUGAAUGGCGAUCGCACGCGCCGCAGCGUGGCUGUCCCCGUGAUGGACACCAACUAUUCGGAGCACGCGAAAACGGCAUCCCCCUUAAAAUCCUCCCAGCGGAACGAUGCCGACUACAGCAGCGGGAACGUCCCUUGCUUGAUCAAUUCGGAGGAGAUCAUCGAUUCGAUCGUGAAUCUGGAUGACGUCAACCUGCUAUCGAUCAACUACAAAAAUAACUUGAAGGUCGCUGCUGCGGGAGCAGCGUCAGCCUUCGUGGGAGACUCAUGCAACUGUGAGACGAUCAAUGUGCACAACGAGCAAUUCAAGGAGUACGCCCAGGUUACGCCGGACGAUUUCCUGGCCAAGGUGACGAAGAUCGACUUUGACGGGCUGGUCCGGAGUCGGGAGCGAUGGAUGUGCAAGACGGAAAGCUUCGCAUCGCUGCUGGAUGACGUACUGUUUUCGUACUACGCUGCCGAGGUUAACGACGCCGAUUGUUACUGAGGAGACGAUGGCGCCGAGGUCAGUGGAGAGAUUCUCUGAGAUAUGGCAGGAAUUUUUGUUUUGUGUUUUCUAAUUUCUAUCAGAGCUAAUACUACUACUGUAAGUAUUCGGAUAGGACAACCCAGGGGGAGAUGGAGUGGUUACAGAUGUGAUAAUGUAUGUUUUUGCGUUAUUUUUUUUCACUGUUGAAAAUGUUGAUUUUUUGUGACAUCACACCCAGACACAAAAUGUAAUUUGUUUAGUAGUUUUACGCUGAAGUACCUACAUGCAUAGAUGUUUUUCGAAAAUACAGAUAACCGGUUGGGGACGGCCCCGGCGUAAUGGUUAUCAUCACGCCAAAGUCGUGAGUUCAAAUCUCAUCCCCGGAUAAGUCACAAAUGACCACAAAGAGUAGUGACUAU